AUGUCGUCUGCUGUGUCACAGAAAGAAGAGCAGCACCAAAAAGUCAAACAGAGAUUUCGCAAUGUCCUCACGAAGGUGACGCACGUCAGACGCGCCAUCUCCCCCGUGGAAACCAUCACAAAGAUUGACAACGAUAGAAAGCGACAGGAAAGUUUGGCGUCAGUUGAGUCAUGCGAAUCGGAUCUGCCGCCGUAUUCGUCUGACAAGGAAAGCAACAAGGUCAAGGCCCCGUCCAAGGAAAAGACAACCGUAAACAAGUACAAACUUAUCGGGAAACACAUCGAUUUGGUCUCCUUUGUUUGCUUUUUCCUGGUGUGGCUCGGCGUUACUGUAGGAUUCAUGUUAAAUAUUGCUGUCUUUUAA